AAACAGUAAUUUUUACGUUAAAAACUUGUAGGAAUCUUUUAGAAAGUAUCAUAUAAUAAUUAUUCAAAGCAAAUGUAAUUAAAAUUAAGGAUAAUACUUCAGUAAAACAUGAAUGAUAGUUCACAGUAUGAUGAAAUGUUCAUAAACCAGACAAUGGGUGUAGAGAUUGAAUCAUCCAGUACAGUUAUGACCCUGAUUGUUGCUAUCAUUUACCCACUUAUAAUUAUAUUUAGCACAGUUGGUAACAGUAUUGUUAUAUUAACUGUAACACGUAGUAGUGCAAUGCGAACAAUAACCAAUUUAUUUAUAUCCAAUUUAGCAGCAUCUGAUUUAUUAAUGAGUUUUGUAGCAGCACCCGUAACACCAAUUGUAUUUCAUAUGAAAAAUUGGAAAUUACCUACAUUUCUUUGUAAAUUAUUACCUGUUACAAUGGGUGUUAGUGUUUAUGUUUCAACUCUUACUUCAACCGCUAUAGCUGCUGACCGGUAUUUAGUUAUUGUACAUCCAUUUAGAACACGUAUGUCACAUAGUAUAUGUGGACUUAUCAUAGCUGGUGUAUGGCUUAUUUCUGUUCUCAUAUCAUUACCAUUGGGAAUUUAUACAAAAAUUGGAAUUGAUCCAAGAAAUAAUGAACCAUCCUGUAUGGAAUCAUGGCCACAUCCAUUAUCUAGACCAAUAUAUACAGUCAUUACAUUUGUUCUUCAAUUUGUUGCACCCUGUUUGAUUAUAUCAAUAUGUUAUUAUCGAGUAAGUUGUGUACUCCGUUCAAGAGGUUCAACAAAAAUUGGUAGUGGACGUAAAAGUCGUGAAAAAGAAGAACUUGAAAUAAAACGUAAUCGUCGUACAAAUCAAAUGUUAAUAGCUAUGGUUAUUAUAUUUGUUGUCUGUUGGAUACCAUUAAAUGUUCUAUGGAUAGUUGUAGAUAUAAUUGGUGAAAAAGCUGAAGGUUCAGUUUAUUUUCAUCAUACAUUUAUAUUAUGUCAUAUGAUUGCAAUGAGUUCAGCUGUUUAUAAUCCUUUUAUAUAUGCAUGGUUAAAUAAUAAUUUUCGACAAGAAUUUAAAGCUAUUUUUCAAUGUAAUAAUAAAUUCUGUUCUCAAAAUUCAUCAUUAUUAACUACUAGACAACAAACUCAAUCAAAAUUCAUAUCACGUUACACAUACAAUAAUAAUAAUAAUAAUAAUAAUAAUAAUAAUAAUAAUAAUAAUAAUAAUAACAAUAAUAAUAAUAAUAAUAAGACUAAAAAUGAUCAUAUGGAUUUUGAUAAUGAAGAAAACAUAAAUAAUCAAUUAAAAAUGCAUAAAUCAAUUGAUAAACCAAAAGGACAACAUACAAGUUAUAUGACAAUAGCUGACGGUGAUGGAGGUGUAUGGCAAGGACCUGUCUGCAGUGAAAUUAAAUAAAAAAUGAAAUUACAAUUAUAACAUUUUUCCGUAACAUCAUAUGGACAAAUAAAAUUAGUUUUUAAAGAAAAAUUAGGUAAAUAAUUGAAUCUAUCAUGAUCUACAGAGUUAAACAAAUAUCAAUUUGUUGAAGGUGUUUAUUGAACUUUACAUUUGAUUACUAAAGCCAAUAAAUCCAUAUACUUAUUCACCAUUAUGGUUGAUUAGUUUCAUACUUUUCAUGUAUAUUGAUGUUCUGAAAAAGAGGAAUAUAUAUAUAGACGCUUUAUGAGUACUUGCGUGAAUUGCAUUUAUUUAGAAGAACCUACUGUUUUCUCUCUUCAUUAUUUUCUUUACAGUUGUAUUUUCUGUUUAAAAAAGUUAUCGUGAUAUGUACAACUGUUUACUUCGUUUAUAAAUUUAUAUAUGUAUGUGUACUAGCGUGCACCUGUAAAUAUAUGUGAAUGUGAGCAUGUAGUUGUGGAUAUGAGAAAUCCGAUUAACUGAUACUCAAAUGACAACAAUAAAAACCACAAUCGCAGAACAAACUCCCUGCAAUACAAAUACUUAUGAAUGAUCAGUGUUCAAUUAAUUCUUAUAUAUAUAUAUAUAUAUUACGGUUGCGGAAAGUACGUGGUAGGUUUCAGAGAUAUUACAGCGUUUAAUCCAUAUAAAGAAG